GCGGGCUGUGCCGCCUGCUGCUGCUGCUGCUGCAGGGCUCCCUCCUCCUGCUGGCCACAGCCCGGCACGGCCGCGCCGCCGCCUGCCCGCUCCGCCGAAAGGCCAUCUGUGCUGUCUGUUGGCAUCUACUUGGACCUGACAUGCUUCUGGGAUAUGUGUACCGUCACUUCAGCUUCCCUCCCAGGUUAAUUCCACUCUUAAGGAAACUGGAAGCCCUUAGAAGUAAAUGCACACCUGCUGCACCGGGGAGGUGCCAAAGCCACAGCAGGCUCACUGCAGGCAAAAUGAGCUGAACUCCUUCCUGUGGACAAUCAAGAGAGAUCCCCCAUCUUAUUUCUUUGGCACCAUCCAUGUCCCAUACACGCGUGUCUGGGAUUUUAUCCCAGAGAACUCCAAGAAAGCCUUCCAGCAGAGCCACAUCGUGUACUUUGAGCUGGAUCUCACUGACCCCUACACCAUCUCAGCUCUCACCAGCUGCCAACUCCUGCCACAGGGGAAGAACCUCCAAGAUGUGCUGCCCCAAGACAUCUACCGCCGGCUGAAGCGGCACCUGGAGUAUGUCAAGCUCAUGAUGCCAUCCUGGAUGACCCCAGACCAACGGGGCAAAGGGCUGUAUGCAGACUACCUCUUCAAUGCCAUUGCUGGCAACUGGGAGCAGAAGAGGCCGGUCUGGGUGAUGCUGAUGGUGAACUCUCUGACAGAGGUAGACAUCAAGUCACGAGGCGUGCCUGUCCUGGAUCUGUUCCUGGCCCAGGAAGCGGAGCGGCUGAGGAAGCAAACGGGUGCUGUGGAGAAAGUAGAAGAGCAAUGCCACCCGCUCAAUGGGCUGAACUUCUCCCAGGUUGUGUUUGCUUUGAAUCAGACUCUCUUGCAGCAGGAGAGCCUCCGAGCAGGCAGUUUCCAGAUCCCCUAUACAACAGAAGACCUUAUCAAGCAUUACAACUGUGGGGACCUCAGCUCCAUCAUCUUCAACCAUGACACUUCUCAAGUCCCAAAUUUCAUUAAUGCUACACUUCCAGCCCAUGAACGCAUUACUGCCCAAGAAAUAGACAGCUACUUCCGUCAGGAGCUCAUCUACAAACGAAAUGAGCGAAUGGGCAGGAGGGUGAAGGACCUGCUGGAAGAGCACCCAGACAAGAGUUUCUUCUUUGCAUUUGGAGCUGGUCACUUCAUGGGCAACAACACAGUGAUUGAUGUUUUAAGGAGAGAAGGGUACGAGGUAGAACACACUCCAGCUGGACAAGCCAUCAACAACCGAAAAUCUCCCAAAACCUUGUUAGCCUUUUCAUCAUCACACAGUCCCUAUGUCAUGUCCCAUGAGCUCCCAGUGCACCCCCAGAAGGAGGAGGAAGAGGAAGAGGAAGAGGAAGAGUUCCUGCCUCACCUGCUAUUCCCUGACAGCAUUGAUGUGCUCAUGAAAGUAGACAGGAAGUACAAAAAGAAGAAGAAAAAGCAGCAGAAGAAGCAAAAACUGCGACAAUUUAAUGACCUCUGGGUUCGCCUUGAAGAAAGUGCUACUGAUCCUCCUCCACGGAUCCGCAUCAUUAAUGGCUACAUCACGGUCGAGCCCCAGCCCCGGGGCCAUGGACGGUCCAGCCACACUCGCGCAGACACCAGCAGUGCUCACCAGAUUUCCCAUUCUCUAUUCCUUCCACUACUGACUUUGACUUUGCGUAAGAUAAUGCUUCAUUGAAACACAGGAGGACCCAAGCUACAAGACUCUUGCCUUAAAAAUCAAAAAAGAAACUUAUGCAAAAAAGAAAUUUAUGCAAAAAAGAAAUAGUAGACAAUGAGUGGGACACCUAUUCUUUGGGGUGUUCUUAAACUGCCUCCUUUUCCUGAGUCCGGAUCAUUAACUCUAUUAACUGGUUUGACCUUCCCAAUAGAGGAGAAGAUAUUUUAAUGAAAGUGUUAUUUAUCCUUCUUUUGCAGAAGAAUGAUUUCAUGUUAUCCCAUAAUACUUUGGGGAGAUUAUAAUGCCGCUAUAACAUAGCUGUUGUUUAGCUGUUUGAGCCCAAUUAAAGUACGUAUUUUCCACCUUCAGUGCUUUGUAAAAGGAUUUACAUACCACUGACUUGUCUAUAAGAACAGAAUAUUUUGAUCAUAUGAGCACAGCUGGGAAAGAGAGUUGGUACUUUAUGUCUCUACUGGUAAUGCUUUUAAUUCUUGCUUGCUAGGGCUCCAGAUUACAUAUAAGGUUCAUGGCAACACCUACAGUAGAAUAAACCUGUGAACACUUGUGAACAGAAUGUGUCUGCUGUCUGUUUGGUGCUAUUUAAGAUGGGUACCCCUGAACCUCUAGUGGUCAGGAAAGUCUCAUAAGUGCAAACUAAUGUACAUUUAAGAACAAAAAAAUUCU